ACAGAGCAAAAACUCCAUCUCAAAAAAAGGAAAAAAAAAAAAAAAAAGAACAUUAGCAGUAUGUUAAAAUCGUAUUCUUUCUAGCCCAGUUCCUUAGGUGCUGAUAAAACUGUUAUCAGUUCCCAAAGUGAGAGUGAGUUUGUCCCAUGUGCAGAGUUUCUGAGCUAAAUUAUUUCAGAGAACCCAUUCCAUGACUCCUAUCUCUUGGCCAGAUCCAAGAUAUUAAAGUAUGGAGAGUAGGGAAGAUUGGAGAAGGAUUUUUCCGAAUCUAUCAUGUCAUGAGUUCCUGUUUCCCAAGUAAUUCUACCUCUCUUACCUAAAGCCUUAUGAGGGGUUUCCAGGGAAUCACCUAGAGAGCUUUGAAGUUUGUUCCCUAAAAGUUGGGAAACACAGAGGACUGGUGUUGGGUAGCUUUUCUCUUUGAGCUUGUGGAGACAAAGGAUGGGUAUGAUAAUCUCUUAAGAACCAUGUAGUUGAGAGAUGAGUUAUCUUGGGCUCUGCUCAAGGAGGCCUAGAAGCAGCAAGAAACUAGAAGAGAAUGCCAGAUUCUUCAGGGCUGAUGAAGGAGUAUCAAGUGAUCCCCUAGAAAAGAAAGGCAUCAGCCUAGGUCCAGGGAACUGCAGAACAGAGGUCCCUAGCAAUGGCAAGCUCCAAAGAGAAAGAAUCAGCAUUAGACAUUUGCCAAGCCAGGACUCUGAAGCCACCCAGCCAAGUAUGAGCUGUCCUGUGGCCCUUCACCUUUCUCCUACAAAUGGAGAGGGAAAUGAGCAAAAAGAGGAAACUGGCCUCCAAAGACAGUGGUAUCCAUUAGCUACAGACCUCACCCAUAGAGGGGGAGGAGAAGCCCUGCUUUUGAAUGAAGAUUAAAGGACUGAUUAACAUUAAGACAGGACAGUAUACCUACUAAAUUGAGACUGUUUAUGCCCCACAGUGAAGACUGACUAUCACCUUAGAGUGAGCAAAAACAGCAUUGAGCCUGCUGUGUAUUCAUCCAAGGAAGGGCAAAGGAAAAGCUUCUUUGAGUGCAAAAAGCUUAAAGUAGAAAUGGAAGACCAAAAUUAAAGUUGCAUUUUAUUGUCAUGAGUCAUGUUUGUUCAACCUACCAUUUGCAAAUACAACUAUGUUUUGAAAAUCGGAGGCCCAUUCCUUCCACCUCUGCUGCCACUGUCACCACCACUGCUGCCACUGCCACCUCCCGGGAAGAAAGGAAGCGGGAGAGGAGCCCAAGUCGUCUGUCACCCAAGCCCUCCAGCUGCAGCACCCCAAAGAGUUUAAGAUGUUUGCCCGCACCAAGCUCACCUGCACCCCUGCUCUGAAGUUCUAUCUUAAACUCCAUAGAGUUGCAUACAGACCAAUUUUUGCAUCAGUGUUAUCUCCACCAGAGGCAAGGACUGGAGAGGGCCCUGCGGUAUUUAAUGGGGCCCAGAAUGGUGUGUCUCAACUAAUCCAAAGGGAGUUUCAAACCAGUGCAAUCAGCAGAGACAUCGAGACUGAUGCCAAAUGUAUCAGUGUAGGCGCUGCAACAGUAGGAGUGGCUGAUUUUGGUGCUGGCAUUGGAACAGUCUUUGGCAGCCUUACCAUUGGUUGUGCCAGAAACCAGCCUUACCAUUGGUUCUACCCUUCACUGAGGUAGCAGCUGUUCUCAUAUGCUAUCCUGGGAUUUGCCUUGUCUGAACUUAUGGGUCUCUUUUGGUUGAUGGUUGCUUUCUUGAUUUUCUUUGCCAUGUAAUAAAUUACUGCUUGACAUGUGGGCAUCCA